AUGAAUUAUUAUCAGCUUGCUUGUUCUCGCGGAAGAUAUGAAAUAGUACAAUAUCUUGAUGAAACAUGCAAUUACUUACACUUAUUCCUUGACAAAGAAGGAAAUAAUCCAUUUCAUAUUGCUGCCAUGGCAAACAGCGACGAUGGGAUUAGGACAAUGCAAUUCUUUAUGGAAAAAUAUCAAAAUUUACUUAUUUUACAAAGAAAUUUUAAGAAGCAAAAUGUGAUUGAAAUUUGUAAGGAAAAAAAUUGCGAUAAAACAUUGGAUUUCUUGUUAAAGUAUAGUGUUGACAAAUUAUUUUCAGAUACAAAGCCAUCACAUCGAGGAAGAAGAAAAUCAACUACCCAUUCAAAAGUUUCCAAUUCAAAUGCAGAUCAAACCCAAAAUCAGAUUGAAUAUUAUAAGAAACAGUUGGAAGAAAAAGAAACUACAAUUAAAAGACUUGAAAACAUAAUAAAAAACCUCCAAGUGCAAAAUGAUGAUUUUAAAGCGAAAAUUAAUGUUUUGGAGCAAGAUAAUCAAAGACUCCAAGCACAGAUUGAUAAAUUGAAUAAUGAUAUUAACGUCCGUGAUAAUGAAAUUGCUGCCUUCCAAUAUCAGAUCAUCGAAAACAAUAAUGGCAUCGCCGAGAUUAAUAAUGAAAAUAAGAAACAUAAAAAACAUAUUGAUAAAUUGCAUAAACCAUCUCGCCGAAGAUCUGUUCCUCCUAAACAAGAGAGCAAUGAUAACUCACAACUACCAACAGGAGUUGCUGAAGGAGAGCCUCCAAAAUCAAAAGGACGGAAAGUAAGACGACGAGUUGGUGAUUAA